AGAAAAAAAAAAAGAAAGUAGAUGCUAAAAUAGUAACCGAUCCGGUGAAAGGGGAGACACGUCCCGUGAUUACCUCUCUUCGUUCGCACGCUUGAAAACGACUUGACUAAAGCACUAGACGACACCGUUCCUUCACAGUUUAACCCAAUCCCAAUCACUAGUCCCUCCCUGCCCGGCGUGCCGAUUCCGGUCCUCACAAAUUCUGGAGAGAGAGAAAAUUAUAUAUUAAAAAAUUCUUGAGAGGGAAAGUGGAAGAGGUCUUAAAUAUAGUGCAGAAGACUCUGAGAAUACAUUUCUUCUUAUUCCGAUUCCUUUUUGAAAGUAAUUUUUUUUUUAGUUUGACUGAUGUUUGACUUCGUUGACUGAUUGAUUGAUAAAUCAUCAUCAAUCCAACGGCUGAAAAAGAAAGCGUGAGAAAUCGAAAGGUUGAUGGGGAAUUUAUGGUUGCUUCACUUGGCAUUUACAAAGUGGUACCACCUCUUUUAAUGUGGCAAGGUCCUUGAUUUUCGAACCCAAGAUUGAGAGCUAGGUACUUUCACAUUGGAUCGGAUAGGAAGAAAUAUCAGGUCUGCCCAUUUCUAGUUGAGUUGUAGUUGGUGUCAUGGGUGUCUCUGGAAAAUGGUUCAAAGCACUGGUUGGUAUGAAGAAAUCAGAAAAGUCACAAUCUUCAGAGAAAGAAGAAAAUAGGGCAGCUGCAAGCAAAUUUCAUCACCGAAGAGAGCAUUCUGUUGAGUUUGACACAGAUAAACUUCAAGAAGAGUUGGAUGAGAAUGCUGCUUCACCCACUGAAGAUGCUAAUACUCAUGCAACUGCAGAUGCUGCUGGCUCUUCCUCUGCUUCCCUUGAAGUGCUUGAUGCUCUUAAGGAACGUACAAGGGAAGAAUGGGCUGCCACAAGGAUACAAACAGCUUUCCGAGGAUUUCUGGCUAGAAGAGCACUGCGUGCAUUAAAAGGAUUGGUAAGACUGCAAGCCCUUGUCCGGGGUCAUGCUGUAAGAAAACAAGCUGCAAUAACUCUUCGCUGCAUGCAAGCUUUGGUGAGAGUUCAGGCUCGUGUAAGAGCAAGGCGCAUUCGACUGGCAUUAGAAAGUCAAACUGCACAACAGAAACUUCAGCAACGACUUGAAAAUGAGGCUCAUGUUAAGGAAAUAGAGGAAGGGUGGUGCGAUAGUAUAGGAUCUGUUGAAGAAAUUCAAGCCAAGUUACUAAAGAGGCAGGAGGCUGCAGCUAAACGUGAGAGAGCCAUGGCAUAUGCUCUGGCUCAUCAGUGGCAAGCAGGAUCAAAACAGCAGUCUGUGCCUGCUGGGUUUGAACCAGAUAAAGGCAGCUGGGGUUGGAACUGGUUGGAGAGAUGGAUGGCUGUACGUCCAUGGGAGAACCGUUUUCUUGACAUUAAUCUUCGAGAUGGAGUACUGAUAUGUGAGGAUAGUCCUGCAGAGGGACAGAAUGGUGCCAAUUCUCAGAUAAAACCUGCUAUCAAGAAAGCAGCUGCUUUGAGUCUUCAUGCGAACCUAUCAAGUCAAAAAACAGGUCCAUCCCAUUCCAAUGGGAGUGAUUCUCCACCUGGGAAGUCAUCAAUUGUGCCAGAAGCAGUCAAUGUAUUGUCUUCCAAGCCAAAAUCCAAAACAAAUCUUGAAGAUUUGGGUGAAGCAGCUGACUCAAGACCCAUUAUUAGUUCAAGAUCUCACAGCAAUCCCAAAGAGAGGUCCAUACAAUCCAAUAAACAGGCAAAGAAGCGAUUGUCUCUACCUAACAGUGGGGGAGGUACCGGGUCUCAAACAACCAAGCCUAGCAGAACUGCUGCAAAAGUGACCCCAGGCUCUCACAAGCCGAUAAAGGAUAGGUCCCAAGUUUAACGGACAAGGGGACUCAAAUCCCACAAAAGCUGUGGCAUAGGCUGUUGUUCUGUAAGGAAGCAUUUCAUUGAAGACAAACCCGUUGGGGCUACCACCCACUCAGGCCUUGUUGUUUUAGUAUGUAUAUAUCGAAUUACGGAGAUGUAAUGACAUUGUUUAUUUCCCUGUCACAGAGUUGAGCAGUGGUUUUGCCGUGGUGGGAGUAGUAGUUGAUCCCUGGCAGAGUUGAGGAGAUUGAUUUGGCUUGGCUUGUUACGGGAAUAAGAUUAGUAGAUUUGAUGUGUUGAUGUUAUCAGCUGUGAUUAAUGUUGCCUCGAUCACCAUUGUAUUUAUUUCCAAGUGUAUGAUUUCCAGAGCAGAUGUCUAUUGUAUCUCCCCCCCUCUUUGUUCUGUUAUUGAGUAAAAAUUGUUUUCUGCAUAAUAAUAUUCA